AUGGCCCCCACAAGUGAAUUUCCAUCCUCAGCCAACACACCAAUAUCAAGCUCAACUGUACUCAUCUGCGAGCCAUCUUCAAAACAGUAUGUCUUUUUGCAGACAAUCACAAAAGCGCUUUUAGUCUAUCACAUCACGUUGGUGAUUGCGUUCAUUUAUGCGUUUUUCCCGUAUACGUUCUAUUACGGGUUAUGGUUAACGACGGCUAUAUUUGUGAUGGCUGCGUUGUCGUUACGAAUGAAUAAAGCCGCAUUGCUUUAUCCGUUUAUGGUUUGGGUUGCAACCACUUUCGUACUGUCCAUCUUGUUGGGUGCCUAUUUAUUUUUCUACAGUAUCUUCGCGCUAAAAACUGCUCCAAAAGAUUCGUAUGAUAGUUCGGUGACGUCCAUAGUGAUCCAUCUAGCCAAUGUGAUAUUCUGCUUAUUUCACCUGUGGCAAAUUCAUGUGGUUGAGUUGUGCAGAAAAGAGCUGAAUGUUCUGGCGUCAGGUGAGUUACGAUCACUUCUGAUUCAGCUUAUUAUCAAUUAUGUACCCUUCCCGAUGCACGUUUCGCAAUAG